UCUUCUCUCUCUCUCUCCUUCCCCUUGUCUGUAAUUUUAUUGGGUACAGUAAAACUAGUAUAAACUGCUGCCAGGCGCCGCUCUCUCUCUCUCUUUCUCAUAAACAAAGUCGCUUUCUCAGUCUCCUUUUUUAAUGGCUGCUCCACCAAUAUCUUCUUGAACCCUGACCAUAAUUCACAGAGAAUUUCCUCACCGCGUUUCUCAAAUCAAAUUUACUAAAGCUUUGAUAGACGAAGAAGGAGAAAAAAAAUGUUUGUCUCUUCAAAUGUUCUACCCCGUUGGCUUGAAGUUCUUCUCGGUGAAAAGUUCUACAACGCUUGCAUAAUUCACGAAGACGCAAAAAAGAACGAGAAGAACAUCUUCUGCUUGGAUUGUUGCAUCAGUAUCUGCCCUCACUGUUUGCCCCCUCAUCGCUCUCACCGACUUUUGCAGAUAAGGAGGUAUGUUUAUCAUGAUGUUAUAAGGCUUGACGAUGCUACCAAGUUAUUCGACACUGACUUUGUUCAAUCAUACACAACCAACAGUGCUAAAGUGGUCUUCUUAAACCAAAGGCCUCAGACAAGGACUUUCAGAGGCUCCGGCAAUAUCUGCUGUACCUGUGACAGAAGCCUUCAAGACCCUUACAUUUUUUGCUCUCUCUCAUGCAAGAUUCAUUACCUAAUGAGAAGGGAGGGUGGACUUUCUAAGUUCAUAUUCGAGUGCAAGUUCUUGUCCUUGCCCGACCCAGGCUCAGAAGACGGUUUAAUAUCACCCGAUUCGGUACUCGAACAGUCGGGUUCGGCCCGAACAUCAUCCGGGUCAGGAGGGAACGGCAGUGUGGGGUGCAGGACCAUGAGCUGCACCGCUGCUACAGACGAUCAGAUAAUUGUGAGGAAAAAGAGAAGCAGCGUAUCCGCGUACCGUGCGGCGUGUCGGCCAGUUUUCUCGCCAGUGUCCGAAAUUUCGGCGGCUUUGAUGAACCGGCGUAAAGGGAAUCCACAGAGGGCUCCCCUUUACUGAAUUUGUGCUCGGUUUAAUGGUGGUCGUGACGGCGGUGGCGGUGGUGGUGGUGGUGAGAGAGAUAAGGGAGGUUUGAAAUUGAAAUUGAAAUUGAAAUAUAAUAGUUGGUACUAUUAUUGUUUUCAUUUUCUUUACAUGAGGGUAGUUUCGGUACUCAAGACAAGUUCUUCCUCCCAAUUUUGUAGAGAGCUAAGCUUAAUAAUAUUAAGCUUAUGUUCUCACUCUCUUUGGUAUAUUGGUAUUGGUAUUUUAGUGAGUACAUUUUGUGCCAAUUCAAAUUGUUUAGUGUUACCGCUCACUUUCUAUGUUUUCUUGACAAAGUCAUAUUGAGUAAUAGUAACAAACAGUAAGUCCCAUUUUCUCUUUACCUUUCUGAGACUCUUUUAUUUGGGUGAUGAUGUCCAUUUUGUGUGGAUGGCAGCUAAUCAAACUAUUAAUUUCACAAAUUGAUUAUUAUUGUUAUUACUUUGUAUGAUUAAAUUUGUUUUAGUUAAAAACCGUAACAACUAAUACAAUUGAAUUGAAGAUAUAUAAGGACAUUCUAUUACA